AUGCGGUUCAACAAGCAGGAGUUGGUGACGCUUGCUUCUCAGCCGAGCAACAAGUUCGAAAAGGAAGGGCCACUGUUUGUGACAGAAAAACAGGAGGGUUUCUUCCGCAAGACCGAGGUCAGCAGCGAAAAGUGGUGUCGGUUACGCGGCAAUCUGUUGUUCUAUCUGAAGUCGAGCGAUCAAUUUUCCGAACCGCAAGGUUGCAUUGUGCUAGAGAAGUACAAGUGCCUCAAGCAGGGCGACGACCAGCAGGAUGCAGAUGGUUUUGUGUUUUACUUAGAGUUCAAUGAUGGUCUACGGCAGCGGUUUGCCGCAAAUACUGAGCAGGAGCGCUUCGAGUGGAUGCAGGCGAUCGGCUUAGCCGGGUAUGAUAUCAAGCGAGCGCAGCUCAAGUACUUGCGUGAGCAGAUUGACCGUAAACGCGGCAUGAUUCAUGACGUCGACAUCGAUAUGCUGCGCUUGCAAACGGGAAAAGAAACAGGUGAGCUUCUUGUGAUUUGCCGUUAUGCGUUAUCGAGGAUAGAUUUAAACGAGGUGCCAAUUUGCGAGUCAGUGAUCUCGUGUGAUAACCUGCUGUGUGAUGGAAACGGAAAGCCGCCGAAUCCCUCCGUCGUGGUGCAGGUUACGUCAAGCAAUCGGGCGUCCGGAUGGAUCAAGUAUGGGCGCACGGAGGUGAUCGAACGUUCCUCCAACCCACAGUUUAUCUGCACGAUUGCCUUCCGGGCUUGCGACGGGUUGCAUGCCGAGUCGCAAAUUCGCUUUACAGCGUACGAUGUGCGCGAGAAGGUCACACAGACGGCGGUUCCCAUCGGUUGGGCCGAGAUAGCGCUGGGUGUGAUUGCGGACACGUCCCGUCUGCGCAUCCCGCUGCGAACGCAGGUGUGCGGAGAGAGUGCGGGCUUCAUCACGAUUGCGACCUGCGUGCCCGACACCGAGCGGCGCAAUAAUAAUCCACGCUCACCCGUCAAGGCAGGUGUGGGAACCGGUAUCGACACGGGCGGCAUGGAGGUCGCACACGGCCAUCGACGGUCGCAGUCACUACCACCGAAGCUGGGCAUUAAACUGUUCAUUCCACCGCCCUCGAAGAUUGCCCUCGUAUUCACUAACCCGAGCAUGCACACCUAUCGCUUGCACUCUGGACUAGGCGGGGACAUUAGCGUCUUGGAGGUGAUGCUCGAGAGUCAACUGUGCUACCUGUUGCCGCAACAGCUGCUCUCGAUUUGGAUUGCUCGCGAAAAGGAACUGCUGCAGGAAAUAUCCGGCAUGGGUGAGCUGGGCUAUGAGUGGCGCCAGCGGCAAAUGGAACUACUCGACAAACAUCUGAAGCUCCUCAAGGACUACUCGCAGGCGAAGCAAUAUCUGCACCAACAGCAGCAGCAGCGGGGCAAAACCUUUAAACCGAGCUGCCGAAAGGCGGACGAAACGAUCGAAUUUGCGCCCGUCAACCUGCACCUGCAGCGGAUGUGGGCGCACAACGAUACGCUGAAGCGCGCUGGCAUCCUGGAUGUGAUCACUGUGGGUGCCUUCACGCGCCACUCCGGAAAGGCGAAGACCGGCGGGCUGAUUAAGCUGCUGCAGCAGAUCAAGGACUCGCCGACAAAGCAGCAGGCACAGCAGCAGCAGCCAGGCGGAGAAGCGGGUAGCACGCACAAGGUUAACGCAGCCAACGAUGCAGUGCAAGCGAUCAAGCAGCUGCGCUCGGAGAUUGUGGCCAUCAUGUCGCAGCUGUUGCUGCUGGCGCGAUCGAAAAACCCGAAAGGAAUGUUACCGCUGUGCGGUGAGAUGAUGGCAAAGACCCGUACCCUGUUGAACAUCUGGGAACCGAGCCUGGUGGAGGAGGCGUUCGCCUUCAUCGAACGGCACCGUAUCAUCGAUGAUACGGGAACGGCUGGUGGCGGGGAAGCAGCAGCGCUAGGGGAAUGGUCUGGGGCAAUGUCACCGUUUAAGAAAAUUACCCAACAGCUCGGUGCACUCGAUCUGAAGUCUCCGGAGCUGGAAGACUUUGCCACCCCGCUUGGUCCGGCGCCAGACCUUUGGCCACAGGUGCGCACGAGCAAAUGCGGAACGCUUGGGCCGCUGGCGAAAAGCAAAUCACCCUCGUCGCAUGACAUCAGCACGAGCAUCGCGACCGUCCAGUGCACAUUCAAUCAACUUGCCUCCACCAACCAAGCGGACGAUGGUGCGGCUCUGCUCGCUUCCAUCAACGCGUACUCGCUUCCCGCUGCCUGCUACUUACCGACGGAUCAACCGGCUACAUCCAAGGUAGCAAAGCGGGUGUCGUCGACGCAGGGGGAAACGAGCGGUGAGACGGGGGCAGAUCUCCGGUUCAAUGAGACCCACUUCGACGUGAACGGCGACGUGACCGAAUCGAGCCCGGGCCCUUCCACUGCUACGCCGUCGAGAAGUGAGCCACUUUCCGGCUUAUACGAUGAGCACGGCUAUCUGGUCGAAAACACUGCCAUCGUGCUUGGCCAUAAUGGUGCCUUCCUCGACACCAGAGUGAUGAGUUCAAGCCCUUCGGCUAACUACUAUCGGCCGACGGAGGAACCGGAACCCCUAGAUCUAACGCAACUCAACAUCGAAGCGAGCGUUAUGUGCUUGGUGUCGAAGGUGAAGUUCCUGUGUGGUCGCUGUGGCAGCCCUGCGGUUCGUUUACGCCAACCAAAAGGUGCGCUGGGAGGCGGUCGCAACAGUUUCGAUACGCUGCCGCCUGAUGUGGUCACCAAUCAGCCACUGUCGCUUCCGGCUGCUUCCGGUGAGCUGAACCUGGUUCCGACCCAGCCGGCCGAAAGUGGUACGGCGCACACCGUCGGUGAGGUAACGCGCAAGGUAAAGAAAGGCAACAAGUUCACCGAUGGGCUGGACCUGUCCGCCACCACCGAUUGGGCGUUAGAGUUACGCCCAUCGAUGAAGAAGCUGCGCCAAGCGAUGGAUGGGUUGCUGAAGACGGCUCGGCUGAUGCACUCCGUACAGCGGCUGCAGCAGGAUAUGCGCAAAACGAGCGCCACCUUGUCGAUCAUGUAUCGACGCGAUGUGUGCUUUUCGCAAGCGCUCACCGCUCUGGUGUCCGGCCUGAUGGCCAAACUGUGGGGCCAGAAUGUGACGGAAAACUUUAUCAGCCUCCUGGUCCAGCUCGGACCGCUCGCGUGCUUCGAGGGGCUACUGUCGCUGUACGGCAACGAAACGGACAUGUGGGGCGAUAUGAGCGUCGCGGUUGAGGACCUGGCGACGGUCAGCUUCACGCUCGUCCGGAGCAACUUGCACCGCGACACGAAAGCGGUCCCAGUUCCGCGCGUAACCGGCUCCCGCCAGGCGCUGCGUGUGCUGCUCCCCGUGCCGGAGUCGGUGUUUUGUCACCUUCCGACCAAGGAAGCGGUAACGUUCCGCGUCACGCCAGUGUUUUUCAAUGUGGGCAUCAACGAGAAGGCCACGGUAGCGGAAACGCUCGGUUACACGCGCGAGCAGCACCGCUCGAACUGGGACAAUUACGAUCGGCUCAAGCGCUACCACGGACGCUACCGGCGCGUACCGUUCAACUUCGUCAACCCCGCGACAGUCGUAAAGUUUCUGACCGAACUGGAGGCGGAACUGCGCUCGCACGGCACUAAAAAUUAUCGCGUUCUCCAGUUGGCGGAGGACAUUACACGCGCGGUGCAGGGGCUGCGGUUUACCUCGUGCAAGAGCGCCAAGGACCGCACGUCGAUGGCCGUAACGCUCGAACAGUGUCGCGUGCUGCAGCAAGAGUUCCAUCUGUCAACGGCCAAUGUGCAGAACGUGCUCGACACGAUGCGCAGUGAGGGUACCAGAUCGGACAAUGCGAUGAAAAACAUCGGGAUACGGAAGUACGCGUUCAAUCUGCCGCAAGUGCUGUCGCUGCCAGCUGUCUAUCGUCCUCCAGCCGGAGCCUACGGCAAGGCACAGUCCUAGUGUAAAGGACCUCGUUCGUUUGAUAGUUUAUUAACAUACCUUUUCUUGUUUGUUCCCCGCACACCUUAUGGUAUGUGCUCUACCGCAGUGCAACAACCGGUCUAAUUGUUUUUCAACAAAAUACCUCGUGUUACGGUUUAAUUCAAAAGCUCCAUGGCUCGUCUCAGUCAGGCAACGGGAACACGCCCGGUGAAGCACGCCUGUAAUAAUUUAUGAUUGUUUUAUUCCGAUCCACUUAUCAUAAUCCCAAGGAGGCUAUUUAAGGUUCAGAACCAUAGUUUUGUUAACGUGUUAUGUUCGUUUAUUGUUCUUAAUAUUAUUAUUUUUAUAUAUAUGAGUUGUUGCAAGUGGCAGAAGUCGUCCCCCGUUGUUUCCAUAAUGGUUGCGCCGCGAAUCACCAUACCAUACUACGAAUCAGUACGGCUGUCGCUUCUUGGUAAUGGGUUGUGUAUUCCACGAAAUCCUAUCCUCGUAAUCUAUAUCUAUACGAUUGAUCCUACUUACAGCACAUUAGAAUCAAUAGGUUUACUAAGCAGGUCCCAUUUUAAAAUCUACGCAAAAGUACGUACACCUCAAAUAACAUCAUCACGCCUCUAUUUAUUACAAAAAAAAAACCGUAGUGGUACCGGAACAUAAUCUCUAAAGUUCUUCGCUGCGAAACCCAUAUAGCAUGUCAUAUCUAAUAUCUGUUUGACGUUAAUCGCUAGGUCGACCACUGAAGACUUUCGAUUUGCGAAUGCCUUUCCUUGUAGCGUUUUUCCCUAUUAACCACAAACCACAAACGCCAAUUUUACCAAGAUAGCGCGGGGCCCGCGCCAGCCCCGCCCGUAAAUGUUACACAACCUUACAGUGAGCUAGAGAGAUUAGCAUUGUCUCUGUUGCAGGCCAAGACCGGCUCGGCGAUUGUAAUUGCCGGAUAAAAGGAACCUUUUUUCGGUUCUUACCAACAUAACCUGCCAGCGCCAUCGUAAACUUGGUUUGCCAAAUUCUCUUGAGCGGCAGCAUGCGUAUUUGCCGUACUUACAUUUAGCAUUUAGCAACUGUACCCUGCGUCACCUCUUGUGAGGCAUUCACUCGGACUACAGUGGUAGCGAAAAGCAUUCAUGGUUCAAGAUAAUUUCAUCGAAUUUUGCAUAAUGCAUACAGUCCCCAAACAAUCAGAAACAUUUCUAGCCGCCGAGGCUCUAUUAUCGAAUAACGUAAGAAUGUUUCUCGAAGGAUCAUAUAUACAACAAUGAAAAACGUAUUAGAACAAAACCGAGAAAAUAACAUUUUCAAACAACGAUGUAAAUAAUCUCAACAUUAAUCGAACGGAUAUUAUUAUUAUGCAUUGAUAAUAUUAUUGUAACGAGUACUUUAUCAAUGUUUUUGUUCUCUGCCAUCGUUUGCGUAGCGUGCAACUUCAACGCUCCAUAACAACAGUUUGUGCCAAAUGUUAGGUUGUCACUGGAACAACGUACUCCAAAAACUUAGUAUUGUUGUUACUUGCGGCGUUAAGCGGGAACCGUUUCUGUUACUUUCUUGUUUCGUUUCGGCUCAUUCACACAGAGCAUCGGUUGGAGCACCACGGCUAGGAAGCCAACUAAGCGUUAUAUGGACGUAAAAUUUCCCGCUCCGCGUGUGCUGAUUGCAGGGUCGCGCGAGCGAUCAGGCAGUCAGGUCAUGUCGAACGUGUUGCCGGCGUAGGCGUAGUUGGAAUCGGCCUUUGGUUGUAGCAACAGCCUUUGCCGAACGAGAAGCAUGGGCCUAGUAUACAUUGUUUUGAAA